AUGACAGAUCAGAUCCCUGCGUUGCGCUGCGAGCCGGGAAAGAAGUCAGCUGCUUCUCCGGCUCCUUCGGAGAUUUGGGCAUCUCCCAAUUUGUCAGAGGCAGGGAUGGAGUUUAUAGAAAUCCUUCUGAAAGAGUUUGAGGACUUUGUUGUUGUUGCUGUUCGCUGGCUCCCUGCCAUCAGCCCUGGUGGGACCCAGGACAAGGCAGCAGUGCCACGCAACCCAGAUGUCAGCAAACCGUUAAUCCCAAGGGACAGACCCCCGGGGGCCGUGGGUGGGUGUUCGUGUGUGGGAAUUUGGGUGUCCUCGGUCCGAACCCCGCGUUCUCGGCAGGCCUAUGCGGCGGCGGCGGGACCCCCCCCCGGGCCGGGGCGGCUGCUGAAGGCGGGGGCGGCCGUGCUGAUCGCCGGAGCCCUCCUGCUGCUGGCCGGGGCCAUCGGAGCCUUCUACUUCUGGAAAGCCACCGAGAGGCAGGUGUACAAUGUUCACUAUACUAUGAGCAUUAAUGGAAAAGUACAAGAUGGAUCAAUGGAAAUAGAUGCUGGAAACAACUUAGAGACAUUCAAAACGGGAAGCGGGAGUGAAGAAGCUGUUGAAGUUCAUGAUUUUCAGAUUGGCAUAACUGGAAUCCGUUUUGCUGAAGGAGAAAAGUGUUACAUCAAAGCUCAGCCAAAAGCUCACGUCCCUGAAGUUGAUGCUAUGACUAAAGCGAGCCUCUCAUCUGAGCUGGAAGAUGAAAUCAUGCCCGUGAGAUUUGACGAAAACUCCCUUAUCUGGGUGGCUGCAGACGAGCCUAUCAAGCAUAACAGCUUCCUAAGCCCCAAAAUUUUAGAGCUUUGUGGGGAUCUUCCAAUUUUCUGGCUGCGACCAACAUAUCCCAAAGAUAACCAAAGGAGAGAAAUGAAGAGAAACAAACGCCAGUCGGAAUCAAACUUUGAUACAGAAGACUUGGAAGCUGCUACUGAAAAAGUAAACACCAGGUUGCCCACCAUGCAGCUGACUCAAGAGCUUGAUCACCAGUCUAAUGAAACCAGGCCAAUGGGACAAGAAACCGAUCAAACACUUAAUCCAGACAACCCAUAUAAUCAACUGGAAGGUGAAGGGAUGGCUUUUGACCCCAUGCUGGAUCACUUAGGCGUGUGCUGCAUUGAAUGCAGACGAAGUUACACACAGUGCCAGAGAAUCUGUGAGCCUCUCCUGGGCUACUACCCGUGGCCUUACAACUACCAAGGCUGUCGUACUGCCUGCCGUAUCAUCAUGCCCUGCAGCUGGUGGGUUGCUCGUAUCAUGGGUGUUGUGUGAGAAAAAGCAAUCAGAGCCUUGACAAAAUAAGCAGGAAUGCAAUGACGACAAACUGGUAAAAGGCUACAACCAAAGCAGCAGUACCAAUCCUGGCUUUUAAAAUCCAA